CAUAGAGUCACGUGUCGCACCCUAUUCCGUGCUCUUCGCUGGCACAGCUGUGACGUCAAUACACGUCCUCUUCCUGGUUUCCAGUCGCUGGUUGCCUCGGUGACCGGCUCGCGAGCUGGCUCCAGGCCCGGUAGUGGGUUCUCCUAGCCAUGGGGACAAGCAAUGGCAGCAAGAGCCUGACCCUGGGGCCGUCCCCGCCCGACCCCAGCCCUACUGCUCCGGGCUGUGGCAACGGGGCAAUGAUGGGCUCUUUCGGGAUCUUCUUGCAAGGCCUGCUGGCUGUGAUGGCUUUCAGCAUCCUCAUGUUAAAACGCUUUCGAGAACCAAAGCAUGAAAGACGUCCUUGGAAAAUAUGGUUCUUGGACACAUCCAAGCAAGCUAUAGGGAUGCUGUUUAUCCAUUUUGCAAAUGUCUACUUGUCGGACCUCACUGGGGAAGACCCUUGCUCUAUAUAUCUUAUUAACUUUCUCCUGGACGCUACAUUGGGGAUGUUGCUUAUCUAUAUAGGUGUUCGAGUAGUCAGUUGCAUCGUGGAGUGGAGGCAGUGGGAGUCAUUGCGAUUCGGCGAAUAUGGGGAUCCUGUGCAGUGCCAAGCCUGGGUUGGGCAGUGCGCCCUCUACAUUGUUAUUAUGAUGUUCGAGAAAACAGCCAUCGUCCUUGUCUUGCUCAUACCACAUCUCAAAGAGGUUGCCAAGGUGAAACCUAUAAAAAAUCCUCAGCUGGAGCUUGCCACUGUCAUGCUGAUCGUCCCAUUUUUUGUUAAUGCAUUAAUGUUUUGGGUCGUGGACAAUUUUCUAAUGAAGAAAGGUAAGACAAAAGCCAAGACAGAAGAAAGGGAGGGCAGCCCUGACUCUCGAAAUGGCACCACAGUCCGAUAUCGGCGAACGGCUUCAUAUGACGAAUCAGAAUCAGAAAUUCUCAUAUCAGCAGAUGAUGAAAUGGAGGAGUCGGAUGGGGAGGAUGACUUGCGCAGGCUCACCAAUUCCAAGCCGGUAAAGAAAAAGAAACAUCGCUUUGGCCUUCCUGUAUGACGCGGUUUCCAGUCUCAGGAGAACAAAGGCUCCAAUAAGCCGAGGCCUUGCAAGAGGAACAGGAUAGUGUUUGGCUGUUUUUUAUUUAGCCUCUACCUCUACUGUCCAGUUAACUUGGAAGAUGGGAAGGGAUCUCUCCUUAGAGGACACUAAGGAAAAGGGAACUGGAGGCUUCUUUUGCACUACAGACUGCUGCUUACGCACAUACCUUAAAGCAGGUGCAAUAAAGGACUUAAGUUCAACUGCUGUUCUGUGGUUGGUGGAAAAAAGCAGAGAUGGCCCCGAACUAUAUUGGCAGCCAUACAAAUAGCUCUGUUUCUGCAGUUCUGCUCAUCGCUGUGAAGACUUUGAGGAUUUAUGGCUCUUUCUCCCUUUUACACCUUCUUUGCUCUAACUGUGUCCCAUUCAGCUCCUCUUGGAUGGGAUUUUUUUUAAGUUUACACAAACAAGGCCUCCACUGGCCGCUGUACUGACCUAUACUAAUGACCGACUUCGGCAAAUGUCAUUACCGCAAAUCAGCCCGACUGAGAAUGUGAAUAUGCUCACUUGGUGUUUCAUCUGGGAGAGUCACCUGUUGCGGGUGCUAUGAGCUGAGCAAAACGCUUGAGUUUACAGAAGUCUCAUUGCUAUGCAUUAAUACGUUCCCUUGUAAGCCGUAAGAUACUCUUGAACAAUUUUUUCUUUUCUUUUGGUACUACCAGCUUCUCAGAAUAUUUCAUGUCUUGCAUAUAAAUGACCAUCAUGGUAUAGCUAAACCACUGGCCUGAACGUUGUAAAUGAUGCAGUACUGGAAAUGACAGAUUAAACUGGAAGUUAGAUGUAGUACAUAGCCUAUAGCUGCAAUCCAAGGUUAAAGAACCCUUCCUUUCUCAGGGAGAACUGUUUUUCUUUCUUCCCACAUCAACGGCUCUGAUGUUCUAAAUCAUACAGUCUCACACUUAAUCACAAUGCCGACUCUCUUUAGGACUGAGGCUGCACCUAUGGUUUUAAAAGCUUAGAGCUUGGAGCAGACUGUGAAAGAAUUGGCCAGAAGAAAGAAGAGGAAGAAUGCAUCUCUAAAGUUCUUGCUGCCACUACCAAAAUAUUUGCCCUUCUUCCAUCUUUAGGAAAGACUCUGCCUUAACAUUAUUCUAUUCCUUACAGGUGACUUGGGGUUCAGUCAUUCCUUAAUCCCUUUGCUUCCAGAAAGAACUGCAGUUCUGCUGCACAGCUAAUUGCGGUGCUUGCUGAAAACAAAGGGUCCAAAAUAGAUUCAUUACCCCCAGUCUCUGUUUGUUUUUUUUCCUGCUUUUUGUGCAUCUUUUUUUAAUUUAUAUUUUCAUACAUUUUAAGCUAUUUUCUGCAAAAGGUCAAAAAGGUGACAAUUUUUUGGUGUAGAUUUUAUUUGAUGUACAUUAUGUACAUAACAGUAAUGACUUCCCUACUGACGGCACAAUAUCUACUUGUUUUUCCAAUGUAUGCAUCUACAGGACCCUAUACUAUAUUUUGGGUUUGGUACUUUGGGAGAAAUCCUAAUCUAAAGGGACAUAUUCAUUAUUAUUUUGUAUUGCCAGUUAUUCAGCCGAGGUCUGUUACGGUUUUCUUUUGCUUUGUAACCCCUUAACUGCCAGAUCAGCAUGUUACCUUACAAGUCAUUGCAGGCCCUUCAACACCAAGAUGAUUGACGAUUAUUGGAUUAUGUUACACUGAUAAGUGCUUUCUCUUUUUAUAACAUAAGUAUAUGUCAGAUUGAUGCACUUUUAUUGACUUGAGCAAAAGAUGGGAGGGAUCAGCAGAGGUUAUUGCUUUGGUCUCCUCUCUAUGAAUACAAAUUUUCAAAAGGUGA